AACCAUGUCCAGCACCGCCCAGUCCCKCUGUCGUAGAGGAGGACAGCGUCCAGUUCAACAAGCUUUCAUACCUGGGCUGCACCUGGGUCAAAGCCCCCCGCAACGAGGCUGAGGCGCAGAGAGCCAUGGCCACCCUGCGAGCCGAGAGCGCCAUCCCCAUCCCCAUCACCCUGCAUGUCCCGUGUGGUCCAGAAGGCUCCGUCAGAAUUGUGGACCAGGCCUCAGGAACAGAGAUUGCCUCCUUCCCCCUCUAUAAGGUGUUGUUCUGCGCUCGAGGCCAAGAUGGCUCUGUAGAAAGUGACUGUUUCUSUUUUACCGAGAGUUACAGAAGUUCUGAGGACUUCCAGAUUCAUGUUUUCUCCUGCCACAUCAAAGAGGCCGUCAGCCGGAUCCUGUACAGUUUCUCUACAGCCUUUCGGCGUUCUGCUCGUCCGGCCGACAUCAGAGACGCAGCACUCUCCAGUCCGGCUGACAGUGGUCUCUACACCUUCACUGUCUCACUGGAGAUUAGGGAAGAUGAUGGCAAAGGAAACUACAAUCCGGUGCCUAAAGACAGAGAGAAGUUUUACUUCAAGCUGCGACAAGGUGUCCAGAAGAAGGUGGUGGUUUCUGUCCAACAAAUGUGCAACAAGGAGCUCGGCAUCGAGAGGUGUUUYGGGAUGCUGCUGAGUCCCGGACAGAGAGUCUCCAACAGUGACAUGCAUCUUCUUGACAUGGAAUCGAUGGGGAAGAGCUCUGAUGGGAAGGCCUACGUUAUCACAGGAACGUGGAAUCCCAACAUGGCGGCUUUUCAGCCACUGAAUGAAGACACACCUAAAGAUAAGCAGGUGUACGUGACGGUGGCGGUGGACCUCGUCGUGACAGAAGUGGUGGAACCCGUUCGCUUCCUGUUGGAAACUCUCGUCAGGGUCUACCCAUCGAACGAGCGCUUCUGGUACUUCAGCCGAAAGACCUUCAGCGAGACUUUCUACCUCAAACUCCGACAGCAGGCCCCGGACCGGGUGGGUCAGAGCGAUGCUGUGUAUGAGGURGUGAGUCUUCAGAGGGAGGCAGAAAGAAACAACGAAGGAAGAGGGCAACUCGGAUCAACCAAUGAAGAAGAGGAAGUUGAUGAAGAAAGUGACAGUGAAAUCUCCAGUGGGACUGGAGAUGUUUCCAAAGAUUGUCCGGAGAAAAUUCUGGAGUCAUGGGGAGGACUGCUCAACAGAUGGCACGGAAACCUGUCCACUCGUCCAAAGGGUCUGCCCUCAUUGGUUCGCAGUGGCAUUCCUGAACCUCUCAGAGCUGAAGUCUGGCAGCUGCUGGCUGGUUGCCACGACAACCACGACCUGCUUGAACACUACCGCAUCCUCAUCACCAAGGACUCAGCACAGGAAAGUGUCAUCACUCGUGACAUCCACCGCACUUUUCCUGCACAUGAUUACUUCAAGGACUCGGAUGGAGAUGGACAGGAUUCACUGUACAAAAUCUGCAAGGCGUACUCUGUCUAUGAUGAAGAAAUUGGUUAUUGUCCGGGUCAGUCGUUUCUUGCUGCAGUUCUUCUUCUGCAUAUGCCCGAGGAGCAGGCCUUCUGUGUGUUGGUGAAAAUCAUGUAUGAUUACGGCCUCCGAGCUCUCUACAGGAACAACUUUGAAGAUCUUCACUGCAAGUUCUACCAGCUGGAGAGGCUGAUACAGGAACAACUUCCAGACCUUUGGAGCCACUUCCAGGAGCUGAACCUGGAGGCACACAUGUAUGCCUCCCAGUGGUUCCUCACCCUCUUCACGGCCAAGUUCCCCCUCUGCAUGGUUUUCCACAUCACCGACUUGCUGCUCUGCGAGGGAAUGAACAUCAUCUUCAAUGUGGCUCUGGCCCUGCUCAAGACGUCCAAAGAAGACCUCUUGCAGGCAGACUUUGAGGGGGCUCUCAAGUUCUUCAGAGUCCAGCUCCCUAAACGUUACAGAGCAGCAGAGAACGCACGAAGGCUUAUGGAGCAGGCCUGCAACAUUAAGGUUCCAACCAAGAAGCUGAAGAAGUUUGAGAAGGAAUAUCAGACCCUGAGAGAGAGUCAGCUGCAACAAGAAGACCCCAUCGACCGGUACCAGCUGAAGGAGGUGUUCAGGAGGGAGCUGGAAAAAGCAGAGCUGGAAAUCAAGAAAACCACAGCAAUCAUAGCUGAAUACAAACAGAUCUGCUCCCAGCUCAGCACCAGGCUGGAAAAACAGCAGGCGGCCACAAAAGAAGAGCUGGACAUCGUCAGGAAUAAAGUCAUGGGGUGCGAGCGCUGUAAGGACCUGUUCGGCACCCUGGGGUCCCUACAGGCUUCCUCCCCCAGCAGUGAGCGGACGUCCGACGAGCCGCUGGACCAGGAGAAGGACGGGCUGAAUGAGCAGCUGAGACACAUGGAGCUGGAGCUGGCCCAGACCAAACUGCAGCUGGUGGAGGCCAAGUGUCGAAUCCAGGAGCUUGAGCACCAGAGGGGGGUCCUGAUGACGGAGAUCCAAGCUGCCAAGAACUCUUGGUUCAGCAAGACGCUGGGGUCUCUGAAGAGCUCAGCCUCAUCAUCUUCCAGCUCUUCAUCUCAUCCGCCGCCCUCUCCGAAGGACGGGCCUGCCUAGCUGAACCCCGACCCCCUCCCCUCCUCCUCUACCCCAGCAGUGCUGAGCAACACAAGCUGGAGCAACUAGCAGAGAAGAAAUGCAGUAUUCUUUUUCCAGGUGGGCAAACAAGCUUCUGGGGUGUAGAUCAGAGGGUGGGCAGGCAGGUCACUGGAACAGCCACCUGUGAUGUAUCUGACCUGCUCUGCCUCACAGGUGAACUUCAGUUGUCAUUCAGCCUCAGUCUGCAAAUCUAUUAUAGGUCACUUAGCUCCACCUUGUGGUCAUUUAUCGCUACUGCAAAGAGAAAAUCCCUCUGUCACUGUUUAACAUCAGAAAUAUCCCCRCCCUCUGCAAAAGGAAUACUGCAUUCUGUAGUAAUAAGUUGCAACUCUUUAUAGUAAUAUAACGUAAACAAUGUUGUUGUAUAAAUAUGUAUAACUAAUUAAUAAGUUUUUUUAAUUAUCUUGUACAGUUCUUUAAGAGGAAGAAAAACAAGGAAAAGUUCUUAUUUCUUUUUGUACUGUUUGGAAAAUAAAUGUCAUCUCUGUAGAUGUUAACGUAAGCACAAACAACGGUCUGGUUGAGUCCAAACACUGAGGAUCCAAAAAGUGACGACCCGUGUGUUGAUCUUUGAUUUUAUUUUUACCUUCAUUUCAGCCAAGCACUAAUUCGUUUUGUGWUAUUUUAGCUUUUUAWAUUAUUAGGCUGCAGGUAAUGGCGUCAUUAAUCUACCACUAAUUUGAUAUGAUUAUAACAGAAAAUGAACUUUUUGUUCAGUUUCUGUAAAACUUUAAAUGAAUCUGUUUGUGUCAAAAAGCUAUAUCUGUGUCAACAUUUAACCAAGCUGCAGCACACAUCRCCAGCUCUGGUGGCCUAUUUUAAACAUUAGUUAUCUAACACCCUGCAGACUGCACCYGGAUAUUCAGCAUAUGUUACACUUUGCACAAUUUAUUACUUAAUAUGCAGCUUUCAUCGCUGAAAAGAUGCGUUUUCAGUAUUGCUCCGUCGUUGCCAAACAUUCCUGAGACCAUCUGUAAGAUUGUGCCAAUGCAGGUUUUGUUUAUGUUGUGUGAGAAUUUAACGUUUUUUAUGUCUUAAGCCUGAMGUCCUCGCUGUGUUCACUUUUAUAUUUGACAAUGUGGGAGUAAAGCACCGGAUGGUUCCAAAAGUAACAAAACUAAUUAAAAGUUAGAUUUUUUUUAAAUACACAAAGCUUGUUUUAUUACUACUUCAUGGUAAAAAGCCACAAUUUAGGUGCCAGCUGCCGUGCUUUCUUUAUGGUUGACACUAAAAUCAGCCUUUGGACUCAGACCAGGCCCGUGUGUGUGUGUGUGUGUGUGUGUGUGUGUGCGUGUGUGUGUGUGAGAAUUGUAACUGUAUGAAGGUGAACAGUUCCUCCUUCACGUGGCUGCCUUUUCUGUUAUUGACUGAAACAGUUAGCUGAAGAGAAAAAAAAGCCAUCAGACUGAACUGGAGAUCAGCUGUGCCAUAAAAGUAACACCCCUCCCUGCCCCGCGCUCCUUUCCAUGUCUCCCCCCGAGCCCCCCCGCCCGUCUGUACCCACCUCACCACAAUGCUGACUUUUCAUCUUAAAGAAUCUGGGUAUCUUUGCAGGGGGAAAUAAAAAAAAAAAAAAACAGCAGAUUCAGUUUCACAUUUCCGGGACAUUCCUCCUCCUUCACCGUUCAGGUUGUGAAACCGGUUCCACGUAAAGCCGUCCACGUUGGAGGGAGCUCCCAGUCAGUCAUGUGCACUAACAAAACAUUAAUAUUUUAAACACUAUUUUAUGUUGUUUGUUUCAAAGUUGUUGUUCUUUUUUAACCAGUGACUGUUGCUGCCGAUUUAUAAUCCACUCUAAUUCAGUUUAUUUCAGUGAUCAGUGGAUGAGUCCGAUUAAAGGUGUGUGUUGUGUAGUUUAUAACACCGCAGUCCUGUUACACAGACAGGGACUGGAACUGUCUGAGCUGCAUUAAUAAACUUCAGUUCUGUUCA